UUGCUACCCUCUCUUCCCUUUUCCAACUUGGCAACAUGUUAAGGGUUGGGGCCUUAGUCUCUCUUAAUAAGGGCAGCUUACCUUCUCGGCUAGAUGGUACAGCUUCUGAACAGCUUGUCUCCAGGGGCUGAUACACCGCUGGUAUUGGGGAGGGGCCGUCAGGCCAGAGGAAAACUCACUGGAACCUGACUCUCCUUCCACCCAUCCCACAUGCUGGCCUUUGGGCAAGCUUCAGGGUGGAGGGGGUGACAGACACUACCUGCCCUUUUUGCCACCUUAUGGUCCCCAUCAUGCACUAAGCAGUAUCCUAGACAGAGAACUUCCCUGAGUCACAUUUCUGGGAUGAAACAUUGCCCUCCAUUGGCAAGUGUCACCAUUACAUAGGGAAACAUAGGAGAAACCUUUUCUCUUCUCUGCUCCUUUGCUGGAACUGCUUGUUUUCACAUGACCCACCUUGGCAGUUACCCAGGAUGACUUGCUCACUCCCGUUUGACAGUCGAGAAAACUCAAAACUAUUGCUCCAGAGUCACAUUUGGAACUGUGGCAGGACCAUUCUGUACCCCUUUGCCUUCAGGUUUGGGGCCCUAGGCCUAAGGCUGUCCAGGAGAGCCAGUUGAUUUAUGACAGUGGAGUCUUCCGGUGUGCCCAGCUAGGGCUGGAAGAGGGCCAGCCCCAGCCUUGUGGGUGGGUGGUACCACGUGAGUUGACAACUUCAGGAUCCCUUCCAGGCCACAGUUCCACUCUAUCGCUGGGAAGCGUCAAAAAAAAAAAAAAAAAAGUGUGCUGGUAAAAACGGGAGCACCAAUCAAUACUCAAGUUAUGAAAAAGUUAAAAAAAAAAAAAAAAACUCCCUCUUUGAGGUCAGCAAAGCCCUCGCUCGGAUGGGACUUACCAAGUUUAAGAGGUUUGUUCCCAAGGAGUGUAAUUCCCCAACAGAGUAACUGUGAACUUGAUUGACUGAAGCUUUCUUCUGACCUGUCCUGUCCUGACAAAUAUUCUGAGGAGCUAUAGAGAUAGAGGCUUGACUGGGACAAGGGACACUCAGAGGGGCUGGGAGUGGGGGGGCUAAUCAAACUGGACGGGUGCAUUAUACACAGAAGCACAAGACACAAAGACAGCCGGGUCUGGAGGGGAGAGAAUGACGUGGUCAGACAACGGACCUGCUGACAGUCGGAGUCUGACAUGCCCCAGUAGAAGCAGCAGAAAGGGAACAACACUGACCUUUGGGAGAGUGACAGGAUGAGGGCAAAGUGCCCUCACCCCCCCCCCACUGGUUGCUGCUGGAGUGGUGCUGAUGCUGGAAAGAGGUGAGGGAUCCCAAAGUGGGGUGGAGGCAGGUCUUUGUGGAAUACGGGGACUCCUGCAGCCACUGCCUCAGUUUCUCCCUUUGUUUCCAGGGUUCCGGCUUUGCAGGUAAAGUUUGGACUAGCUGUCCUGGAACAUCACCUGUCUGUGACUUAAGGGGUGUGUGUGAGCGAGAGGGAGAAAGCUUGAGGAGAGCAUGCUUCAGCCUGGGAAGAAUUGGGCCAUGCCCCAGGACUUGAGCCAUCUCUGGCACAAAAGGAGUUAAUGGCAGGGACCGCGCCCCCCCGUGUCCGGGCACGCGCAGCGCGCCCCCUCGGUGCGCGGGCACAGCAGCCAGGCUGCCGGAGAGCAGAUCUCGGGGAUUCGGGUGCGGAGCCCUUGGCCUGGAGGCGAUAUGGGUGGUCCGUGGCCCGGUUCAGUCGCUCGCAGCAGCCGGGGGAACAGGCCUGUCUGGCCCUGAGGGAGACCCCUUUCUGAAGCUGUGGUGCUUGGACGACCUGCUCUCCACAUUGCCGGGCACCUGUAGGUGUCCCUCGAGAGCUCAGUUUUGAGGUUCAAGCCAGUGUGGCCAUGAAGGGGCUGCCUAUUGGGCUGAUGCUGUGACCCUGGAGUCUGCCUUUCCUGCCAGUCCCCCUGCCCGGAACAUGUGGCUGCGGCUUGGCCCGCCCUCGCUGUCCCUGAGCCCCAAGCCCACAGUUGGCCGGAGCCUGUGCCUCAGCCUGUGGUUCCUCAGCUUGGUGCUGAGGGCCAGUACCCAGGCCCCAGCACCCACAGUCAAUACUCACUUUGGGAAGCUAAGGGGUGCCCGGGUACCAUUGCCCAGUGAGAUCCUGGGGCCUGUGGACCAAUACCUGGGGGUGCCUUACGCAGCUCCCCCGAUCGGCGAGAAACGUUUCCUGCCCCCCGAACCGCCCCCGUCCUGGUCGGGCAUCCGGAACGCCACACACUUUCCCCCAGUGUGCCCCCAGAACAUCCACACAGCUGUGCCCGAAGUCAUGCUUCCUGUCUGGUUCACGGCCAACUUGGAUAUCGUCGCUACUUACAUCCAGGAGCCCAAUGAGGACUGCCUCUACCUGAACGUCUAUGUGCCCACGGAGGAUGUAAAGCGGAUUUCCAAGGAAUGCGCCCGAAAGCCCAACAAGAAAAUUUGUAGGAAAGGAGGAUCCGGCGCUAAGAAACAGGGCGAGGACUUAGCGGAUAAUGACGGGGAUGAAGAUGAAGAUAUCCGGGACAGUGGCGCUAAGCCCGUCAUGGUCUACAUCCAUGGAGGCUCUUACAUGGAAGGGACAGGCAACAUGAUUGAUGGCAGCGUCCUGGCCAGUUAUGGCAACGUCAUCGUCAUCACCCUCAACUAUCGGGUUGGGGUACUAGGUUUCCUGAGCACUGGCGAUCAGGCUGCCAAGGGCAACUAUGGGCUCCUUGACCAAAUCCAGGCCCUCCGCUGGGUGAGCGAGAAUAUUGCCUUCUUCGGUGGUGAUCCCCGCCGUAUCACUGUCUUUGGCUCGGGCAUCGGCGCGUCCUGUGUCAGCCUCCUCACGCUGUCGCAUCACUCUGAGGGGCUUUUCCAGAGGGCCAUCAUCCAAAGUGGUUCAGCUCUGUCCAGCUGGGCUGUGAACUACCAACCAGUGAAGUACACCAGCCUGCUGGCAGACAAGGUGGGCUGUAAUGUGCUAGACACAGUGGACAUGGUGGACUGUCUUCGGCAAAAGAGUGCCAAGGAGCUGGUAGAGCAGGACAUCCAGCCAGCCCGCUACCAUGUGGCCUUUGGCCCGGUGAUUGACGGUGACGUCAUUCCUGAUGACCCUGAGAUUCUCAUGGAACAGGGCGAGUUCCUCAACUAUGACAUCAUGCUAGGUGUCAACCAGGGCGAGGGACUCAAGUUUGUGGAAGGGGUGGUGGACCCUGAGGAUGGUGUCUCUGGCACUGACUUUGACUACUCAGUCUCUAACUUUGUGGACAAUCUCUAUGGUUAUCCCGAGGGUAAGGAUACCCUGCGGGAGACCAUCAAGUUCAUGUACACAGACUGGGCCGACCGUGACAAUCCUGAGACCCGCCGUAAAACACUGGUGGCGCUUUUCACUGACCACCAGUGGGUGGAGCCCUCAGUGGUGACAGCUGAUCUGCACGCCCGCUACGGCUCACCUACCUACUUCUACGCCUUCUACCAUCACUGCCAGAGCCUCAUGAAGCCUGCUUGGUCAGACGCAGCUCAUGGGGAUGAAGUACCUUACGUUUUUGGUGUCCCUAUGGUAGGUCCCACAGACCUCUUCCCCUGCAACUUCUCCAAGAAUGACGUUAUGCUCAGUGCUGUCGUCAUGACCUACUGGACCAACUUUGCCAAGACCGGGGAUCCCAACAAGCCGGUCCCCCAGGACACCAAGUUCAUUCACACCAAGGCCAACCGCUUUGAGGAAGUGGCCUGGUCCAAAUACAAUCCCCGAGACCAACUCUACCUUCACAUCGGGCUGAAGCCAAGGGUCCGCGAUCACUACCGGGCCACUAAGGUGGCCUUUUGGAAACACCUGGUUCCCCACCUAUACAACCUGCAUGACAUGUUUCAUUACACGUCCACAACCACCAAAGUGCCGCCCCCCGAUACCACCCACAGCUCCCACAUCACCCGCAGGCCCAAUGGCAAGACCUGGAGCACCAAGCGGCCAGCCAUCUCCCCCGCCUACAGCAAUGAGAACGCCCAAGGGUCCUGGAACGGGGACCAGGAUGCAGGUCCACUCCUGGUGGAGAACCCUCGUGACUACUCCACUGAAUUAAGUGUCACCAUUGCAGUGGGGGCCUCCCUCCUCUUCCUUAAUGUUCUGGCCUUCGCUGCCCUCUACUAUCGGAAGGACAAGCGGCGCCAGGAGCCCCUGCGGCAGCCCAGCCCUCAGAGGGGAGCUGGGGCCACUGAAUUGGGAGCCGCUCCCGAGGAGGAGCUGGCGGCACUGCAGCUGGGCCCCACACACCACGAGUGCGAGGCGGGUCCCCCCCACGACACCCUGCGCCUCACCGCACUGCCCGACUACACGCUGACCCUGCGGCGCUCCCCUGAUGACAUCCCGCUCAUGACCCCCAACACUAUCACCAUGAUCCCCAACUCCCUGGUGGGGCUGCAGACAUUGCACCCCUAUAACACCUUUGCCGCAGGGUUCAACAGUACCGGGCUGCCCCACUCACACUCCACUACCCGGGUAUAGCUCCAGCCCAGAGCACAGCCUAGAUCCCGGCUCUGUCCCUUCCAGAUCUAUCCAUGAACACACACACACACACACACACACACACACGUACACACGCACCCACCUGAAAGCUUGACCCACCUGCACAAACACAGACAGAUAUGGACAUGCACCCGCAUGUACAACAACACAAAUAAGGAAGUAAACCUGAACAAACCCUUCAGAUGGGGACACAAACACAGAGUCCUUGGGAGACCAAGGACCCAUGGAACAGCAGCUGAAGCCAGCUCCCCAAGCCUGACCACAGACAACUCCUGGGGAGCCUGAAGCACCAGCUGGACACCCCUCCUUGGUGCUCGCCUUCCGCCUCUCUUGGAACUGCACCACCGACCAACUCCAGACUUGGGAGCUUUAAAGAGCAGAUUAGCUCUUUCUCCCCCAGACUUGGUCUUUUUUCUGGGUCUUGUUUUUGUUGAUUUUUUUAAAAAAAAAAUUUUUUGGAACCAACGCUUCUCCCACGAGUGAGUGCGAAGAGGCUCCGGAAGGGAGGGCUCCAAGCCCAGGUCUCUCUGGCUCUGGCAUUCCCAAUGCUCACACCAUCUGACCAAGGAACAUCACUCCCCAAGAGAGAAACAGAUUCGAGCAAGACCGUGGGGGAGAAGGAGGAUGGGGCUGCCACUGGAUGGGGUUGGAGGGCCGUAGGGGACAACUCUCCAGCCAUCUCUGUAUCCCUGCCGAGGGCUGCAGAGACCGAAAGGUGACCUGCACCCCCUGAAGGCCAAGAGCAUCGGCCUGGCUAGAGCAGGAGACCCCAGAUUUGCUGAAGGAGGUUCUGUGGAGGCCAUGUCAUUAUCGGGCCCCCGGGUAUAAUCUGGGCCCUGCCUCUGCCCUUGGGGUAACACUAAGCAGAAAUUUGCCCCAUUUUCUUUCCAGAGUCUCUUUUGUGUCUGUCACUUCUCUUUCAAAAAGGCGGUGUUUUUUGUUGUUGUUGGCUUUUUUUUUUUUUUUAAAGAAAAGUUCUUAAAACACUAACGGAAACCCAUGGAGUUUGUCCUUUGUAAAAAUUUUAAACACAGUGUCUUGAUAUAAAAAUAAAAAAAUCCAGUUAGCACCCCCAACCUGCCUCCCUUGCACAGGCCUUGCCCCAACAGACCUCCCUGGCAGGGCGCCUCUGUGGGGCUAGGAGUCGCAGCCUCCCUCUGCAUCCUGUGCCUUUAAGCUGAUACAAGUCUGGGCAGCAGACGGCUGGCCCCCUGCACGAAGGCCUCUCCAAUCUUAAUCAGGUUGCUGUCCCCACCCCCCCCCACCCCCCGUCCCCCAACACUCUGGGUUCCUGCGGUUGAAGCCUUCUCUCAGCACCUUGGGCCUCCUAAUGAAACGGCAAAAAUAACACUUCCUUCUUCGCGCCACUGCUGCUGCUGCCGCCACCACCACCCACCACUGCCUCUGCCACUGCCACCAUCACCACCACCAUGCCCUCGUCCUGGACUGGGGGCUGGGAGGAGGCCUGCCCUGUAACGCACUGACAUUCUUGUUCGUGUCUGAAUCCAGUGCAGCAUCAAAUAUGUGGACUCCCCAGGCUUGGGUGACUGACAGAGCAGGGACCCUCUCUUUUCCAGGGAUACUCGUUUCCUGUCGUGUGAAUUAGAAUUGGAGAAGUUACUGGGGCCCUGGGAGCGAUCUCUCUCCGGGAUUGUGAUCAGUGGCUCCUGGGGACAGAUUCAAUGGGCUCCACAGAGUUAGCAGUAUGGUAUCUUGUAUUAUUCUCAGUGACUUGAAGGACUGAACCAGGAGUGGGCUCAUCAAGUGUGACAGUUGGGCGGGGUUGCUGACACCUCAGAAACCAGGAAUAGAAUUCUUCAAAGUGACCCUGAUAAAAUGAGGGAACCAACACAACAGGAUGAUGUUCAGAGGGGACGAACACAAGGUAGUACAAAGACCAAAACCAAGAACUAAUACACUAAUAUGGUACGUGGGGACGAGACAGAUGGGCAAUGAUUGACUUGACCCAGGUUAGUUAAAAAAAAAGAAAAAAGAAAAAAGAACUGGGGGGAGGGUGUCAGGGUGGGUCACGAGUUGAAUGAGUCCAUAGUGUAGAACUGGUUUUCUCCUUCCUCCCUCCUCCCUGCCACCCUUUGCCUUCUCUCCUGCCUCCUCUCCCUCCCUCCCUUCUUUCCCAAACUAAGGCGAAUACUAACCUAUAAUAACAAAAAAUAUAGCAUGGAGAUGCUGGGAAGUAAUCAGAGUCUGAGUUUUUAGAAUUAGAAGUAACCUCAGAGUCAUCUAGUCCAACCCACUUAUUUUAUAAUUGGGGGAAUGGGCUCAGAAAAGCACAAUGUCACAGUUAGUGUUAGAAACAGACCUAGAAUGCAGUCUGGUACCAUAUGACCUUUCCUACAGUCCUCAACUUUCUCCACUCUACCUAGCAUUAUUGGUUAGGCCUUUGAAAACAGUACUGGGUCUGCCCUUGGUCAACAUAUUUUCAGCAUAUGUGGAAAAGCUGGAGAGGGUCUGGUGAAGAGCCAAAACAAUGUGCCAAAGGACUAGGUUUUUUAUUUAUUUAUUUUUUAUUUAGAAAGGAGGAAGCUGAUGAGGUAACAUUUGGUCAUUGUGGAGCAUCUACUAUAAGACACGUAUGCUAUGUCAUCUUCAAAACUGUACCUCCUACAUAAAGACAGAGUAGAUGAUCUGUUCUCUGUCUUUCCUGAGAGUGAUAGACGGGGGAAGAUUAAGUUAGACACAGGGAAGAACUUUGCUGUAGACAAGAGUUAAACAUGGCAUGUGCCAUCUUCCUUUUUUUUUUUUUUUUUCUUUUUUUGUCUUCUGUCUUUUCAGGGCCCACCCGCAGCAUACGGAGGUUCCCAGGCUAGGGAUCGAAUCAGAGCUGUAGCUGCUGGCCUGCGCCACAGCCACAGCAACAUGGGAUCCGAGCCACAUCUGGGACCUACACCACAGCUCACGCCAAUGCCGGAUCCUUAACCCACUGAGCGAGGCCAGGGAUCAAACUCGUGUCCUCAUGGUUGCUAGUCGGGUUCGUUAACCACUGAGCCCCGACGGGAACUCUGGUAUCCGCCAUCCUCUUAAGAGUCUGUACCUCCAAAUUAGGAGGCUUUCUACUGGGGGAGGAUUCAGACAUUGCCUCUCCUCUAAGAACUCAAGGUGCCAUAGCAAACCCAGCUGCAGUCCUGUUUGGAACCCAUCAGUGAGAGAUUACAGUUGGUCUUCACACCUUCCAAAGAUCUGAGAGGAAGAGAUGACCUGCAAGACAGGCUGCAUUUCAGCCUAAUUGACAGUCAAUGCUGAGCCCUGGGUGGCUGGAGUGUUCUUGGCCCCCUUGCUGACUGCCAGCCCUGAGACCGGCUAAAAAGCCCAGGUCCUUGUUUAAAGAAGGCCUAGGGAUAUGCUUGUAUUUUUUUUUUUACAUUGCAAAAAUCCCUAGUGCCUAGAGUCUACCAGGUCCAGCUUGCAUCCCUCGAUUUAUCUAGUUUCUAUAUGGGUCCUUCUGGGAGCUGGACACAGCUAUCUUGGGAUAUGAACUUGUGAUGUAUGUGAAGGGCCAGAUGUUGGUCGCUGUGGACGUCUGCAUAGGAAGCAAAGAUGGUUAUGAGGAUUACAGGCCUGGCCCUGUGUUGGUUUAUAUACUAUGAGGGAUAAAAGAUACCCCCAUUGGGGUGCAUACUGUCAGGAAGACAAAACUGAACUAUGAUCACAUGAAUGAAAUGGAUAAUGUGACUUCGAUUGUAUGUAAAGGUUAAAGGGGCUGGAGAAAUUGCAAGAAAGGCUCUGGUGAGAUCGGGGUUGGGUGGGCAGGUGGAAUAGUGGGCAUUUCAAAUGGGGAGAAAGUCCUGAGCCAGAGCAUGGCCAGAAGGUCUACACGUGCUCGAGAAGCCGUGAGGGAACUGACUUGAAUGAUGUAGAGGGUUCAAGUUAAAUAGUGAGAAGUCAGAUUGGAAGGGCAGGCUGUGGAGGUCCUCAAAACAACAGAGGAUUUUUGGUGUUCCUGGAUGAGUGGUGGGGAGCCCUGACUUUUCCUUCUGCUAGUGGUUUUACAGGGAGGAAACAAAACCUCCUCAGCAACCCUUGUGUUCCUUCACUUCUGUAAGGAGAAGGAUUUUCAGAGUGGAAGGAAUGAAGUGAGUGCCAGAGAGAGGCUCCUCAAGGCAAUCUAAGCCCAGAGAGCCUUGAGCUGCUCUGAGCAACUCCAUGUCACAGUCUGGGUCAGCAGAGCCCAGGGCAUUGUGACAACCUGCAGCUAGGAUUGCAGGACAACUGGUGAUGACUGUGACAACCCUGUGGAGGGUGAGGGGGUUGCAUACCUCCACUUCACCGAGAUCAAUAAGUUGAGUGUUACUGAAGGCAAGAUUCUAGAACAAAUUAUUAAAAGGAGUGUUGGUGAGCACUUACACAAGGAAGAGAAGAUCCCUCAGCCCCUGCAUGGAUUCAGGAAAAACAAAUCAUUCCCCACGCAAACUCAUUUCCUUAGAUAGGGUGACUGGAUGGAUAGAUGAGGAGCGUGCUACCCCGACAGCAUCCCUGGAGAUCAACGAAACAUUUUCUCGUCAUCCUCUUGGGACAAUGUGAAGAAAUUCUGGGGAAACUAGGAGAUUCUAAACCAGUUGAAUGACUGCACACAAAAAGGGUUCUGUUUUAAUGUCACUAGAUCAAAUUGGAAAAUUACACAUAGCUGGGAAAGAGAGCCAAAAUGUGAGAGGACAGAAUAAGAAUUCAUACAGAUGUCAAGAGGCUGGUAUGUUGGACUUGCUAGAGCAAAAAUCAAAGUUUACAGGGACACAUGCAAAGCCACCUAUCUGAAUUUCAAAAUGUAACUGUAGGAAGUGAGAUGUGUGGCUUAGAGGGCUUUAGAGUGAAUGAAAGUUCAUUGUGAGCCAGGAGUCAAAAGCAUGGUUUGGUUGUUACGAAAAGUAUUGUGACUUUGGGCUGUAUUAAUAAGGGUAUGAUGUCCAGAAUAAAGGAGGUGAUCAUCUUGUGCUACUCUGCACUGGUCAGAGCACACCCGAGGUCCUCUGUUCAACGCGGGCAUCACACUUCAAAGGAGAUGUCAACAGAAGUACAGCCAGAGAAGGAGAGGUGAGAAUAGUGAAGGGACUAGCAAAUCCCAAGAAAAAUUUGUCUACUGUCAGCAAAUCACAACUGGGCUCAUGGUGAAGAGGAAGCUGUAGAUUUACUCUGCGUACAACUCCGAGGGCUCUAAGGUCUAAUGGGUGGAAGUUACAGGAAAGCAGAUUUUGGUUCAACACAAAGAAGAGGCUUUUUUUUUCUUUCCUUUUUAUAAUGAAAAAAUGAUAAUAAAAGUUUUGGCUCAUGA